CUAUAAUGGCUACAUCUUUUAACCUAUGGAUGGUAAGAAUUGUUCACUUGGUAUCAGAAUUUUAUUUAGUGCUUUCUUCUUUUUACCAAACAUUGAAGUAAAUUUAAAAACUACGAUGAAAACAGCAUCUCUACAGAAUAUGUAAUGAUCUUGCAUUAUAUUUUAAUUCGUGUAGCCAUUACCCUACAGGUAAAAUGUCUUUCAAUAUGACAGGUAUUUGCAUCCUGCUCAGUAGACAAGUCAGUCCGUGUGUGGGAUGCCAGAGCAUCACCUUCAAAUGCUUGUAUGCUGACAGCCAGCGAUGCCCACGAUCGUGAUAUCAAUGUCAUACAUUGGAACAAGAGUGAACCUUACAUCCUAUCGGGAGGUGAUGAUGGAGUUAUAAAAGUGUGGGACCUAAGGUUCUUCCAGAGUGGGAAGUCUGUUGCCGCGUUCAAACACCACACAGCACCGAUAACCUCGCUGGAGUGGAACCCUACUGACAGUUCUGUGUUUGCUGCAUCAGGUUCUGAUGAUCAGAUAACAAUAUGGGAUCUAGGUGUAGAAAAAGACAGUAUAGAGCAGCAAAAGGGUGAUCCGGAUGUACCACCCCAGCUCCUAUUUAUACACCAGGGACAGACUGACAUUAAAGAGCUCCACUGGCACCCCCA